AUGUCAACAUCAAAUGGUAUGAAAACAUGUUAUUUUUUUAAAAACGUCAAAUUCAAGUAAAUUAAAAUGGCAAAACAAUACAAAUAUUUACAUCCAUUGAAAUAUCAUAGAGAUUAUGUGGCACAUGGUGUUCGGCCGGAUGGGAGAGAAUUUAAUAAAUUCCGACCAGUUAUAAUAAAUGCUAGUUCAAUUUCGACUGCGGAUGGUUCGGCAAUAGCGAAAGUGGGGAGAACAACCGUCGUUUGUGGGAUAAAAGCGGAAUUAUGUCAACCGAAAGCUGAAAAUCCCGACCAAGGGUUUUUAAUUCCCAACGUUGAAUUACCCCCGUUAUGUUCGCCCAAUUAUAAACCCGGUCCUCCGAGUGAUCAAGCACAAGUAACUACAAAAGCAAUAGCUGAUGUGAUUGAAAAUUCUGGGUGUAUAAGCUUAAAAAGUUUAUGUAUAUGCAAAGAAAAAUUGGCGUGGUGUUUAUAUGCUGAUAUGAUUUGUAUCGAUCAUGAUGGAGCUGUUAUAGACGCUUGUUUAAUCGCAUUAUUGACUGCUUUAAAAACUGUUAAACUUCCAAGCGUUGAUUAUAACCCAGCAAUUGAUAAUAAAUUAGUUAAUACUGAUGAAAUGAAACCUCUAAGUAUUAAUAACACACCGGUUUCAACUACAUUUGCUAUUUUUGAUGAUUGUGAAAUAUUAACGGAUCCAACUCACGAAGAAGAAAAUGUAUCAACCGGGAUAAUAACAAUAGUUAUAAAAAACGAAGAACUUUGUUCGGUUAUUAAACCUGGUGGAUCUCCAAUUAGUGAGGAAGAUAUGUUAUCUUGUGUUGCAAAAGCUAUUGGGAGAGGAACUUUGAUUACAAAAUUGAUUGAUAACGCUGUCCAGGAGACUAACGAUGAAAUUUGAUAUAAAAAAAUGGGAAACUUGUAAAAAUUAAUCAUAAAAAUUAAAAAUUUAACAUAUCAGUUUUUUUAUUAACGAGUAUACAUGAGUAGUAUUGCCAAACAGAAUGAUAUAUGUAUAUAUCUAUUUACAAAAUGCUCAAACGUACUGUGUAAUAUUAAAAAAUACUACAACGCACCAUCUCGUUUUUAUUUAUAAUUAUUAUUAAUUAUUAUAAAAAAAUUUUAAAGUACUAAUACGAUAGGACCAUUUUUUUCAUAUUAUUUACCAUUACGUUUAUUUUUUUUACAAUUUUACUUUACACAGUUCGUAUUUACGAUCACAAAAGGUGAAGGUAGAUUUUUUUUAUUAUAAACACGAGAAAAGUUACACAUUCUUUUUUUUUGGUAAACUUAAAACAUUCAAAAUUACUCAAAUUUGAAGACCAAAAUGAGGUUACUAAAUGGAAGAUGUUUUUUUUAUCUUUGUUUGGAGUAAUAAUUAAUUAUAAAUUCAGUCGCUAAAAAGAUAUUAGGUACUUAUUAAUAAGGACUCGUAUUAAAAUAGAUUAUGUACAAACAACAACGAAAGAAAAUAUGGGGUGAUGCGAUUUCUAUUGUUACUGUUGUUCAUUCAAAUUGGUUCAUAAAAAAAUAUAUUACACAAUUCGCUUCUAAACUUGGAACCAAAAAUGUUAAUGCACUUAAUGGUCACGUAUUUAUAAUUAUAAACAUGUAUUUCUUUACAAAAAAAAUAAUAAAUAACACUAUAGUACAGUUUGUAUUUACAGGUAUUUUUUUUACUAAAAUUAAUUAUU